AUGGAUCCCAAGAUGGACAGCGGAUUGUUAAUUCCCGACAAAGAUGCUGCAGUGGACAAUUUCGACCCUCUGCAAAACAUGUUGCCCGAGGAAAUCAUUGGCAUAAUGGAUCAAUUGCUCUCCUUUGAAACACUGUUUACCUCUCUGCACAUGUACUCUCUGCUGACACCUUACCACCGACCUCUUAAUGCUGUUGUCUUCAACCCAAAGAGAUCAAGUCCUGAGAACCCGGGCCCGCUAAUCAGCAAUGUCCUUCGAGCAUUCUGCCUCGGCAUCAUCAAGUCUUGCGAUGCGGUGGUUCAGGAAAUCACUUCUGAGCAUUAUUACGAAGAAGAGGAUUUUGUCACUCAGACGUUUACGCAAUACAUGUUGAACGAUGUCAAUCACGAAGAUGUCAUUGCAGAACUGCGCGGCGCUUUGGACAUUCUCAGUGCCCAGGGUUUGUCUGCAGAUGUCAACGAGGCACUUCGGCAGCGUCUGCAGUUGCGAAUUCACUUGCUUGAAGCUCUAGAGCCACUGAGCCUUGUUGAAGUGGUUGACAAGACUGAGGUGUGGAAAGCGGUGCUCGACUCUGUCGACAGAGUCAAUGAGACGGCAAAGCUGGGUAAAGCAAGACCUGGCUUUUUCUCGGAGAGAGUGCAAAGACAUUUGGCCAGCAACACACCUCCGACACCCAUGAUCAAGACGAGUUGGGAAGAGGCAUAUCCUCGCUUCAAAAGGCUAGCCGAAGACAACAUCGAAGCUCAUCGAUUCGCAAGCAUCGAGAGCCCAAGUCCCUUGAACGUAACCGUAAGUGUUUUGCUUCUCUAUACUGCACGACUUGCUGCAUUUCUCGAGACUAACGAAAAUCUCCUAAUCCACAGCNGCUUCGCAUGGGACUUUUCCAACCGCACUCCUCAGCCGUCUACCUACUCUCGAGCCAUAAUGCAAGGCUUGCUCUUCAAAGGGCAGAAACUGCUUUCCCACGAUACACCCCAUCUCUCUUUGCUGCUCGAAGACAUUCGCAGUCUCUCCAUGGCAGGCGAUCCCCUUUUAUCGCCCGCAAACUGGGAAGUCGAGUUGCCAACAGAUGCACGAUACCUAUCUUCCCGCAUCAUCGACGAAUUCAUGGCAAAAGCAAUGGACGAAUACAUCAAUAUCCCGCGCAUGAUACUCCAAAACCGGUGUCGCAUGCGAAGGACUUUUUGCCAAAGCGUAGGCGUACUCGAUGGCCUGCAAGCAGAAGCCGAAAACGCAGAUGCAGAACUGCACUCUUUGUUCCCUACUCCAGCCUCGCCGAUGGACAGAUUCUACCCUCUGGCUGCCUGGGCGUAUUUCCACAAACUCAGGGUUAUGGAGUGGAGUCUGCAGCUAGGGUUCGAGCUUGAUGUAUACCAAGCCGCAGAGUUUGGCUACAUGUACCGCUUUUUGUCUUUUGUGUCUGCAACACGGGCAGAGCAUCUCCAACAUAUUGACCUCUUCCUCCACCUGCGAGUGAGAAAAUACAAANAGCAAGGGGAUCAUCUGAUGGUAGAUCAAGUGGCUACCUCUCAAGCUUCCCUUGCUUUCCACACCGCAAACGCAACGACUACUGCAGAAUUUGCGUCUGCGUUGUCGUCAGUAUAUGCUGUUCUCGCCUCAUUGCAAUUGCUCGCGCCAUUGGAGGCAACAGAGGUAUACUCGACCGACGCUCGCAGACACGAAUUACGCUUGAAACCCUACCUCUCCAUCGGCACACCUACUUUACCAUCUGCAGACGAGCUAUCUGCUGCAACAAAUCUCUCCCCCACCUCUUCCUUCUCCGCCGUCUUCACCACUAUAUCUUCUCGUCUUACAGCCGCCAAAACCGCAUUAUCUGCCCUAAAAUCCGUGGAUGCGGAAACAGGCAGCCACAAAGGUUGCGAAAGCGCCUUCAAGAAAGAGAUACAAGGUAUACUGGGCAGUAUCGUCGCUACAGGGAUCGCAGCUGCAUUGGUGAAAAAAAGUGNNGUCGAGGAGUGUGGGAUCAAGAUUGUGCAAGACGUACAGNGGAAACAGGAGUUGCUGAAGAACAAACUCAAACUCGAUGUUGUGGCCGAGAAGAGGUUUUCCGGUUUCUGGGCUGUGCCGAAGGUGACUGGUGUUUAG